AUGGAAAUGAAUUUUAUUCCUUAUAAUCAAGAGGAAAAUUUUAUAAUUCCACAAGAUAUAGUCGUAAAGUUGCCUUUACGUCUUCAAGAUGAUGAUCUACUCGCAAAACCUCGGCGGGGAAAAAAUCCAACGAGACCCCCCAAUACUUUCCUAAUAUAUAGAACCGCCUACACCCGGUUACUUCAAAGUGAAGGUCAUUAUGACCUCAGGAUGAGGGAAGUUACUAGCAAUGCUGCGAAAAGCUGGGCCAAGGCGGCCCAGGACGUCAAGGACGAGUGUAAGAAGUUAGCUACCUUAGCAAAGAAAAAACAUAUCGAAAUUUAUGGUCCUUCGCCACCGAGAAGGAGACCCAACAGACGACGAAGGCAAAACAUUCACAUUCAGGAGCCGACCCCUGUAAAUAAUGUGGACCCAUUUCCACAACCCAUUAAUACAGAAUUAGAACUCCCAUUCCAAUAUUCGCUGUAA